UUGGACCAUACUUGGAUCACCAGCAGAGUUGGAACCUUUAGAUGCACAGCACAGACCUCUGAGCAUUAGCAGACUGUUCGCUUGUGGGGGACCAUCCACUAAAGGGGGAUGAGGCAGCCACUUUGCCAGUGGGUUUCAUAGCUGUUGGCUAACAGCAGAGGAAUGUGGAGAUGCAGGAAUACUGGGUUCAGUUACAGGUUCUGGAGGGGAGUGUCCUCUUAUGAUUGAGGACCCUUCUGCCCCAUCCCCCUCUGCUCCUACUCCAGCCUCUGCCCCUCUUUUCCCCCCUCUGCUCCUCCACCCUUUUUAUUUGAGCCAGACUGCUGCCUUGUCCUGAGCCUGUCCCCACAGCAGCCCCCAGCAGCUGGGAGGAGGAAUUAGAGGGAAAGUCCUGCGGAGCCCCCACUGUCCUGGGGUGGAGCGUGCUCUGUGGGGACAGAAUACCAUCAGUCUGGUCAGCAUGUACAUGCACCGGGAUGGAAUGGUACAUGCACUGUGCAGUUGGAUUCAGAUAAUAAUGCUGCCAGUCUCUACUGAGUGUUGAUGUGUGAACCAAAAUCUUAAAGGCUUAAAAUGUGACCAAACUUGGGCAGGUUUUCAAUGAGACAGAAAAGGCACAUCCAAGACUAUAGGGUAACCUCCCUGCCAAAUGUCAGGCCCUGCUUCAGAGCCUGGAGGGGCUAGAGUUUCACAGUGAAAUGGUUGUAGGGGGUUUUGUGCACAUAGGCAAAACAAUGUAUUUUUUCCUCUUAACCUUGUUCUCAGAAACAGCUGAACAGGUUCUAAUAACAUCUAAAAAGAGUCAGGCUGAGGUAGACACCCAGCAUUGGGAAUUUCAGCCCAAACCCUUAAUGUUUGGCAAAGUUAUAUGCAACUGAAAACACGUCUUAUCACUGAAAGUGUCCGUCAGCCUUCCCUAGAGGUGACGCUACCAGCUCUGCCUAAAAUACCCAUUUCAAAGAAGUCAUUGGCUCCCAUGUAAAUGGUUUGUGGAUGCACAUAUGGAAUCAAUUCUGUGGCCUGUUAACAAAGGACAGGUGCACUCCUGGGUGAGCAGGAAUCCUCCUGGAAAGGGACUUUUUGAUGGAACACCAAUACAUACUUAAUAAAAAAUUGCUUCUUCCCUACUUCUCUUGGAUUCCCUGGCUGCACUGUACAGCCAUAACACACAGCUCCCCAUAACCAGUGUGGUUCCUGGAGGAACAGCCAAGGCAGGCCUGACGCUGGGAUUGUAAGGGCUCGGCUGGAAACCGAAACCUUUCUGAGCCCUUGCCACUUGCCUGCCCCCUGCUGGUAAUCGUUGGGAGUUUGGAGAGAAGUAUCCUUGGUCAUGUGAUGCUGGGUGUUACACAAUUGAGAGCCUGGCUAGUGCUUGCUGGACCUGAGUUAGUUAAAGUGUGGCCGUGGGGAGCGGGGAGGGAGAGGGGCUGGCUCGUGUUUGGGUCACGUGUGUGCAGGGGGAAAGGGGCUGGUUCAUGCUUUCUUUAAUUCUUGCUAGGUCUUUGAUGUGGAGACUUCUGUGCAACACGCUGCUCUGACCCUCCCCAUCCUUCCGCUGUCCCUGCUGCGGGCAGGGCUGUCUGUCUGAGAUGGCGGGCCGGCUGCCUCGCUCUGCGGACCUAACCCGCUUCUGCCAGAAACUCAACCGGGUGAAAACUCUGGAGGAUGACAUGAUGGAGACAACCUUCAACAGAUGCCUCUCCACCAUUGACCUGAUACUGCUGGGCAUAGGGGGCAUGGUUGGCUCUGGCCUGUAUGUCCUUACGGGAACAGUAGCCAAGGAGAUCUCUGGCCCUGCUGUCAUUGUCUCUUUCAUCAUUGCUGGCUUUGCCUCUCUGCUGGCUGCUCUCUGUUAUGCCGAGUUCGGUGCCCGGGUGCCUAAGACAGGCUCCGCAUACAUGUUCACCUACGUCUCCAUGGGUGAGAUCUGGGCCUUCCUGAUUGGCUGGAAUUUGCUCCUGGAGUACAUGAUCGGGGGCGCUGCAGUGGCAAGGGCAUGGAGUGGCUACCUGGAUUCCAUAUUUAGUCAUAAAAUAAAAAAUUUCACCGAAACCCACAUUGGCACAUGGCAGGUGCCGUUCCUGGCACAUUACCCAGAUUUCCUGGCAGCAGGCAUCCUGCUGAUAGCCACAGUAUUCAUCUCCUUUGGGGCCAAAGUGUCCUCCUGGCUUAACCAUGUGUUCUCUGCCAUCAGCUUGGGUGUGAUCCUCUUCAUCCUCAUUAUGGGAUUCAUUCUUGCAGAGCCCAAGAACUGGAGUGCCCAGGAAGGCGGCUUUGCUCCGUAUGGACUGUCGGGCAUCAUGGCAGGCACGGCCACCUGCUUCUAUGCCUUUGUAGGCUUUGAUGUCAUAGCAGCCUCCAGUGAAGAAGCCAGAAAUCCUCAGAAGGCUGUUCCCAGAGCAAUAGCCAUCUCCCUGGGCCUGGCCACAGGGGCCUAUAUACUGGUGUCUGUGGUGCUGACACUAAUAGUGCCCUGGCACACUCUGGAUCCUGACGCUUCCCUGGCAGAUGCGUUUUACAGAAGGGGUUACUCGUGGGCAGGGUUUAUAGUCGCUGUUGGUUCCAUUUGUGCGAUGAACACGGUUCUGCUGAGCAACCUCUUCUCCCUCCCCAGAAUUGUUUACGCCAUGGCGGAGGACGGGCUCUUUUUCCAGGUGUUCUCCAGAGUGCACCCCCGCACGCAGGUGCCCGUGAUCGGGAUUGUGGUGUUUGGGGUGCUCAUGGCUCUGAUGGCCCUCAUCUUCGACCUGGAGGCCCUGGUGCAGUUCCUGUCCAUUGGCACUCUGCUGGCUUACACCUUCGUGGCAGCCAGCAUUGUUGUGCUGCGCUUUCAGCAGGAGAAAUCGGCAGCUCCCCCUCAGCCUGCCAGGAGCCAGCCCAGUCCUGGGCCCAACGAAGGGGCUGGCCCCAGCGAGCUAAAGGAAUAUGAAUCCUUUUCAGACAAGCUGCAGCUGGUGGGCACGUACAAAGCCAAAGUGCACCGGCAGCCAGGGAAGCUGAAGGCAGCUUUCGAGCCCUACCUGGAGUUCCUCACUGACUUCCAUCCUGGGGAGGUGGUCACCAUUGCCGUGGUUACCUUGAUGGUGUCUGCCAUAUGCCUGUGCUCCAUCUUGGUAUUUGGCAACACCCAUCUUCAUCUACCCACCUGGAGCUACUCCCUGCUGCUGCUGCUCUUCAGCCUGGGAUUUCUGCUCAGCGUGCUUCUCAUUUGGGUCCAUGAGCAACAGCAGAGCACCCAGACCUUUCAGAUACCACUUGUGCCACUCACUCCUGCACUGAGCAUUCUCCUGAACAUCUAUCUCAUGCUGAAGCUGAGCUACAUGACAUGGCUUCGAUUCUCCAUCUGGUUGAUCCUAGGCCUCCUGGUGUACUUUGGUUACGGCAUCUGGCACAGCAAAGAGAACCUGCGUGAGCUCACGUCCUGCAACGUGAGUGCCCGCUACGUGGUGUUCCCUAGCAGCAGCCUGGAGGAGACGGUGCAGGCGGUUCAGCCCAACCCCCAGCCCUCGACGGGGCUGUCGGACAUGGUGACUGAGGAAGCCAAGCGAUGAUGCGUCUAUGGCAUAGCAGCCUCCCUGAGUGAAAAAGGACACCCCCCCACCCCCACUUUUCUCUGCAGAAAGAGCUGCCAGGGCUGGGUCUUCCCUGAGCAAACUCUGGUGUUUGGAGACAGGAUGGUGAUAUGCACACUUCCCCAUCGGCACUCACAGCAAAAUCACCAGGGAGAUGAUGGCUGCCUCCUCUCCCAUACCCUGGCACAUGGGGAUCUGGCUUUUCUCUACCUACUUCUAGCUCUUAGUAAUGUGAAAGCCGCGUCUUCCCCAACGGCUCUGCCCAAAUCUCCUCCCAAACCCAGAACAACCCUCAUAGCAACAGAGGGGUCACAUUUCUUUUCUACAGUUCCACCAUUCUGUGCCCUGCCUGUCCUGAAAUGUUGCGGGGCAGCAGUGCCAAUGUGGCCAUUCCCACCAGAGCCCACCGUGGUCCAUGGUGUAUGAUGAAGGGUCUCUGGUAAACAGGCAAGAGUUGACACACAGGUGCGUGUAGGCCUGGGAGUCAGGGCUUUAUCCUGGCUCUCACAGGGACUCCUGGCCUCGGCUGAGUCCCUUCUCCCUGCACCUCAUCAGCAUGCGAGUGAUGCUUAUACUGAGCAGCUGGUGGGCUUAAUUAGAUGAUGUGUGUAAAGCACUUGGAAUGUGCAAAGCUCUAGAAGUGCAAAGUAUUAGGGCAUUUCUGCACUAGCUUUCCUGGGCUUCUUGGCACAGACCAUUGGGUGCUGAUCAGGCACCUGCUGGCAUUCCCUGCCCUGGUCCAGGUCCAGUGCAAGUACCUAGUUUGGUGGGAUCACACCCAGGGCACAUUCAUGUGGUUCCAUUAUUCUAAAAGGCACAGAAAUGAGCAUGGGGCAGCCCAGGCCUUCGUACUGAGUGGGGAUGGCAAAGGUGAGGCCAGGGCAAGGCGCUAUGGUUGUAAAUCCAUGGCCUCACAGGGGCAAGUGCAGAGGGAGCAGAGAUUCCCCAUACCCUUUGUUAGCUGUUCCCAGGCGAAUGGUUUCUAGACAAUCAAUCACUUUACUAGUGCAGUGGAAUAGUGCAUUACCCUCGCUGUGCCCUUGCUCACUCAUCCCAAGCAGCUGGGCUGCCUGCGCAUCAGCCUGACUCUCAUGUCCCCCCAGCCGCCCACACACGGGUUAGUUUGCAGCGCUCAGCCCUGUAUGACACACAGGCCAGCUAGUCCCUGCCCGGCAGCUACCGCACUCUGAAAGUGAGAGGCAGGACCUAGGCAUGCUCUGUGUUUCUGAGAACGGCCUGGGACUUGUGUCCUGACUCAGUGCUGAAGUAGCUUGCAGUGGCCUAGGGCCCCAUCUGUGAGACAGCUGCUUCUCAACCCCAUCCCACCGCUAACACCAGGCCCUGUAAGGGGCUGCUUUGGGCUCCAGCUCCUGUGCCCCUAGCCCCUUGCAGUUUCCUUGGGGCCCUACAGGCUGCUCUCGUGGCAUACAGGGAUGGGGGCAGGCCCUCACUUCCCCAGUGCCCUGGCAGGCUCCAGCCCUUAGGCUGUCCCUGCUCUAUUGCCAGCUUUCAUGUAAAUUGGGCUGCAGCAUCCCCUGCAAAGCCAGCUUUGGGCUCCCCUCUGCAGGGUGUCAGGGUGAGGCCUUGCCCUGCGCAUCAGGUCAUUGCUGAGGCUCCUUUUCCCACAGUUCUCCUUUGCCCAUUGUCUCCUCUUGGCUGCUGUGCUGUGAGCUACUGAGCCCAGCUCUGACAUUAGGCCAGUGCCCAGGGCGAGCGUGAAGGUGGCAGUUGUUUACUGUACAUAUCCCUCACCCUCCGCAGCUGCAUACGUGAGUGGUCAUGGCAGCUGUCCCCUGCCCCCACAGUGUGAGGUGCAGAUAGGGCUUGGGCCAGGUGUAAGCCUCACACUCACCUGCGAGUACGGCAUUGUUACUUGGUGAGCUUCCGGCUGAGGCCUAGCUACUCGUAUUUAUUAGGAGGAAAUGUGCAGAGCCAAUGCAAGCACCACAGAAAGCACCACAGCCAGGCCCUGCAGCAGAGCAUUGGGAGCGGCUUGCACAAGGCAGGAGAUGGGGAGCAGGGAAGGGACACUGGGCUUCCGUUCUGACAGGCUGGCUGUUUGUCGGCUGGGGCUGCUCGUGGAGCCCACAGGAGGCAGCUGUGCCGCAUGGGCAUUGUGAAUUUGCUGUGACUGCCAGAGCGGGUGUACUUAGCACACGCUGUUCUGGGUCCUGCCUGCUCCAUGCUCUGUUGGUGCCACCUUGCCCUGCACUGGCACUUGUGUUGUGUGAAAUGUGCCACACCGGGGGCUGCUGUUGCCAAUGGCGUGGUAUGUCCCUGCUGUGCUCUGCUCAGUGCCUGUGUAACGGUGUGUAAUAAAGGUGCUGACACUCACCCUACAUAUAAAUAAUGGUCCUGCAAUAGUUCUUUCUGGGCGGGAGUCUGUCCACACUGCUCUGGAGUCACUCUAAAUGAAAGUGGAGUCAGCCUGGUGCAAGUCUGAGGCCAUCCCUUCUGUGGUCCUGGGGGGCCAGCAAAACCCCUUCUGAGGCACCCCACUGCACCAGCAGGGAUUAGGGCAUGGCUCUUCUUGUGCUUUGCUCUUCCAAAGCUCCAACAGCUUUGCUGCAUCAUGCCCAAGUCCUGCAAAGACUGAACCAAGGCAGAAGCUCCAGGACUGGGAGGCUGGCUGCUGUGUGUUGGCCAACUCCAUAUGGAGAUGAGUUUGAGGCUCCCCUUUGAGGAGCAAGUCUACACAGCAGCAGGGGUAUAGUAUCUUCGCUCCUGUGUCACUAGCCCCAGCCUUUAAUAGGCCACAGGGCUGGAUUAACACAGACACUACAGAUCCAUGCCUAGGGCCCCAGCUGCUGGAGUCACGUCAGCACCUUAAAAUUUGUCAGUCCCCUGGCUGUAGUUGUUGCAUAGAAAAGGUGGAAGACACAAACCCAAUGUAUCAGUGCACUGACACCUCCUGAGGAGUUAACACCCUGAUGCAAUGCCCCAUCAGCCCCAGGCCACCAAGGGACUGUGUGAGUAGCUAGAGGAAAAGAGGGCUGGCCCACCCACACAAGCUGAUACUUCCCAGCUGCCAGGACACGCACUGGAGGGGUCCCUGCUGCCACACCUGCCUGUCUGAAAAGACAUGGUGGGGACCAUGCCACUGCCAUUUCAGGCAGGGGGUGAAUUCAUGAUGGGGAGCAGGGCUGCAAGUGGCCCUGCAUUAGGCAUAGCAGAGCCUUAGGCUUGGCCCCAACCCAUACCUCCAGCUUUCUUUGCCAUAGCUCCCCUCCAAACUUGUUCUUGGAGCCCCCUUUCCUCCUGCCUGUCCCACCUGCCAUAUUGUCAGGGUAUCGCCCUGCUCAUGGUCCACUCCAGGAGUGUCCAGGCAGGUCUCAGAGUUCCAACUGUCACCUGCCUCUGGGCAGUGACCCUUGGUCACCCUCCCUCCUGCCUUACAAUGUGAUGUCCCCAGCAAGCCAGUCUGCACCCAUGCAUUGCCCUGGAUCCGGGGGCUCCGCACAGUGUAUUGCCAGCAGUUACAAGUAACAGCAUCGCUCUUUUUAAGUAGGCACUUUUAUUUUUAAAGUAAGAAUAAUAAAAGUUCCUAUGCAGAUGCUUAAAGGUUACAAGAGGACCCCCAUUUGGAGGGUUGCAUUCUGUCAGAGGGCAGCCUUACCUGGGGUGUCCUCCAGCACCAGGCUGUGGCACAAUUAGUGCACCUGCCUCAGUUUCCCUCCUUCAGAGUCCCCAGUAACUACACCAGAGCUCUCUUGCCUCAGUUAAUAUCCCUCUUUGGGACUGGUUUAUUAGUCAGUUCAAAUAAUCCACAACAAAAGUCCUCAAAUAUAGUCAAGCACUGAAAAUACCACAUCUGGUCCCCUCAUUCCAGUGUCUCAUAUGUAGGACACUGGCAUCUUCUGCCACACCCAGGGUCUUCAAUUCUUUCCUGUCCUUUUGCCAGGACAGCUACCACAGCCCUUCCAACUGGAAUGCAACUCUGCUCUUCUCCACAACCUCUCUGCUGGCAGAUUAUCCUCACAGGGGAGCAUCCCUCUGGCUCCAGCUCUCCAGUGUGAUGUCAGCUGGCAAACCCCACCACUGCUCCCCUGCCUUCAGCCCUCUCUGGCCCUUGGCUUUUCCUCCCAGACUUACAAGUCAGCAGCCUCUGCUGCUCUCUCUCUUAAGAAGGUCAACGAGCAUUCCUCCCUGCUGCUUUCCUGCCUUUCUCCAGAAUCACCUACAGCUUCUUUCAGGUCUUUGCAGCUCUCACCUGCCCCUUUUCUUCUCUUAAAAUCCAAGUUGGAGGCAGUCGAUCAGUCACAGGAGCACUGGCUCCUUUUCUCUUAAAUGGCCAGUGCCAUCUUUUGACAAUACCAAAAGAUUGGAACAUCUGUUAGAGUAAUCAGAUAGCAGGAAAUGAAAGCCAAGAGCCAGACAUGAAUUGCAGAUGAAUUAUUUAUUUCUAAACAUUAUGAGGCUGGCAUUUUAAAGUAGCAUGCAGUAACAUAACCCUUAGCAUUCCCCUGACAGGCUCCUCUCAGACAAAGUGCACAUCUGCCUUCACAGCCCCAGAGUAGGCAGGCACAGGCUUGGCUUUCUCCUUCAGGUGGGAGAAGAGAAGUGGCAACUCACAACGAAGGGAAACCUGUGUCGUUAUCUGCCAAGAGGCUGCUUUGGGAAGGAGAGCUUACUCCAGCCAGAUGUCUGCUUUUAAAAAGACCA